AUGGACUUUGACGUUGGUUUUGAUGGAGCGCUGGAUACCCAUCUGCUAGCCUCUGCACCCUGGCAUUGGGGCCAGAGCCUUGAUGCGUCACCAUCAUCCAGCCCUGUGGGGUUUCGUGGCACCGGCGAUGCCGUCCACGAGGAGUUGCGUCCAGGACACAGGCUCGUCGCACAAUCUGGCAUCCACUACCAAGUGAUUCGUGCCCGCGCCGAGGACGGAUUCAAGCUCUUGCGCGAGUCUACUGACGAGAUGUGCUUUGGCCACUUGCUGAUUGGUGCCCCAGAGAACUGUGCUUGGACUGUAGGGCUGCAGAUUCGCAACCAGCGCUCGGCACCCGAAGCUCCAGAUCACGUCAUCCUGCCCUCGGAUCUAUGCAUCACCCAUGGCGCAAUUAUGGUGGUUUAUGACGGAGUAGCUCGCGCCGAGCCCGUGCUCAAGUGCUUUGCCACGCAGCAAGACGAAGACACACGUCUUCUUUUACUGAUCCAGUGCCUCAUAGCAACGGUGGCCGCCGAGCCGUACGCCCGAUGCUUUCUGGGUCUAAGUGGCUGCAUCUUGGGCCCCAAGGCACGUGUAGUGGCGUUGCCUUCCUACGGCUUUGCCACUGACGGCAAAGCUGCUGCCGAUGAUACCGCCUGGUUGCUUCAAGCCUUGCGUGAUUUGGGCCUCGACGGCUCACGAUUACCCGAAGUGACACGCCUGCAGACGGCCCUGGCUACCCACAAGCACUUGAGCCUUGUUGCGCGAAUGCCCUGGGUGCAGGCACUCACUGAAGCCUGGGACACGGCAUUGUUGCAAGACGGUGUCGCUUCCGGUUGUGGGGACGUUACUAGUCCUCACAACCGACUCUCUCCGUGCCUGGGGCUUCACAGUGCCAUGGCUGAGCCGGCCUCGCCCCCACGGCGAGACGGCUCGAGCCGCUUCGUGCCACGGGCCCUGUGCAAGUUUUCACGACGCGGCAUCAUCUGUCGCACCCCUGGGUGCACCUUUUUGCAUCUGCCGGGUCUGAAGGUGGCUGACGCACAACUUGCCCAGCUACCCCCGCUGCCCAGCCCACCAGAGGGUUAUCAGUGCCACAACUGUGGCAGCAACGAGCACUAUCGCCAAGACUGUCCCCAACCACAACGGUGCAAAUAUACAAGUGAUGGUGGCUGCUGCACUCGACCCCACUGCGCCUUUUUUCAUCCGGCCGGCACGCGCCGCGAACCAUCACUGGCGGAAGUGUCCCACCACACGCCUCCACCUGGCUUCUGUUUGCUUGCUACCCCAGAUGUGUGCUAUAAUUGCAUGGACAAGAGUCGAUCUCAUUUCAAGCUCAACUGUCCACACCCCUCGCGCUGCCCGCGCACCAUGCGCGGCGAUGGCGUCUGCGCCACCACCGGCUGCAAGCUCUAUCAUCCCGUGCACCAAGUCCGCCCUCGUCCCCUGCAGCGCGUUGGCUCAGCCAACGAGAGUCAGCUGCGUGGCUUGCACGUCUUGGCACCUGGCGUGUGCCAUCUCAGCCGCACUGCCACCUGGUUCUAA